AUGAACGUGCCUCCGCUGUCUUCCGCCGCGGUGCCAAUAUCGACCUCGGCGCUGCUCGGCACCCUACACCAGCAGUACAACUCCGCAGAUCGUUCGCUUCGAAUCGAUUCCACCUCGGUGCUCGUCCUUGACGGCCACAUUGACAUCGAUUUCCUCAACUCCGUGUGGGAGCACGCCUGGAAGCGUUCCGAAGAUCAGAGUAUUUUUAUUGGAUCAUCGAUACCGUCAGCCCCCUCUUCUUUCCUGGCAUGUCUGCAAGAGUUCCCCAACAUCCCGCCCCAGACAGCCACGGCCCUCAACGUGCUGGAGCCGUUUCUGACGGCCCAGACACCUGAAAACGUCGACACACUGCUGCACAAUGGCCUGUCUGUCUGCGUCUCUCUGGACGCCGACGGAAACGUGUGCAAAACUCGAAUCAUGCUGUCAGACCUGCCCCUGUCCUCGGUCAAAAUGCUGACACACCUGCCUCACGAAAAGGACAACCGGGCCUUCACCGUUUUCUACAAUCUACUAUUGGCCGCCACCGACUCAGAAAUCGACCACUUGUCCCUCAAACCAGCAGACGAAUACAAUCUUCUCAAGCCCUCAGGAACAUUCACUCUUCCAGAGUACAUGCAGCACACAGACGACCAUGCCUUGGCCACAGACUGGAGAGACUCGCUCAAACAGUGUGGAAUCAGGGGCCAGAACCUCAGAUCUAUUCUCUCUACACUGUCUGGUCUGCUGCUACUAGGACAAGGCAACGAGUUUGAUAAACUAGAAGGAACUGCUUUGAUUGGCGUGUCUCCUGAUACUCUCGAGCAACACUCCACAGAUGAGGUGAUUGCGUCGACUUAUGUGGCCCUUAUCAAAACUGUAGUUGGACUUCUCAACCAGUUUCUGGAGGGUAUGGAUAUGGCACCUGUCGGAGACUCUGGAUCGCCUGAAGACGAUAUUGUGGCGCUCGUCAACAUUGUCGAGUGCGGGCCUUCCGAGCGAUCUGUCAUUCUGCGAUCUGUUUUUGACGACUCGGUUGGUAUUUCUAAAGAGCUGGUCGACGAAGGCUUCAGAGUAGUUAAAACACCUCAAAACGUCACAAAGGUGCUCUCCACCUGGAAUAGCGAAAAGAUCCACAACCUGCAACAGAUGCAGCGGCUUCUAAUCCCUAAUUUCCGCUUCUUCCUCGACGAAAAUCUCUCUGUUCUUGCUCGAGACGACUUUGCCGAGCACAUAUUGGACGUGACUUCGUUGCUGACCACCUCGCGAAUCUGGAACAUUAUCAACGUGGCCGUCAACACAACCGCCAAGGGUGAGAUUCUGGAAAAGUGGACUGGAGCUACCGUCUCUCUGCAGGUACGAAACUGGGCCCUUGUGGAGUGGAUCCGAAAACGGUCUGGUAGAGACUACACGGCCGACUUUGCAUUUGACGAGCUGGCCGACAGGUACGCAACUCUGCAUUUUCCCUCGGACUACAUGAUUCUGCAGGGCUGGGUGGCAGACACGUUUGGAUGGGGCCCUGCGGACUUUGCUGUGGGACAACAUCGAGCGUGGUUGAGUGAACCGGCAUGGAAUCACCUGGAGGAGGCCAUUGGACAGGGAAUGGGUGGCCACGGAUACGACCAGCACCAAGCUUCUUACAUGGACCAGAUGGGCGGCCAUGGAAUGAACAUGCCCAACAUUGUCAAUCCUGCCAUGGCCAACAUGGGCAACUAUGGAGGCGGUCUUACUGAGCGAGAAAUGCAUACCCACGAGGCAGAUCUUCACCCCGCGGAGCCCAACAUCACCACUAUGGUUCCUGACGGAGGCCUUCCAGGGGGUCCUUAUGGUUCUGAUGAUCCUGAUUAUCCCCACCCCAGCUAUGAGAACCAGGGUCUUAUGGAUCCCAGCAAGUACAGAGACGCACAAGAAUUUGGAAUUGAUCCUGAAUAUCUUGUUGGAACGACAGACACUGUUGUUGUCAAGACUUCAGGUUACCGACGAAUGUGGGUUGCGUUUGUGUGGCUGCUCACCUUCUGGAUCCCCUCUCCUCUUCUCAAGUGGAUUGGUCGAAUGAAACGACCCGAUGUGCGAAUGGCGUGGCGAGAAAAACUUGUUAUUUUCGCCUUCAUUUUCCUGAUCAACGCGGGUAUUGUCUUCUACAUGAUCUUCCUACAGCGAAUCAUUUGUUCCAACUUUGACAAGGCUUGGAACGUCAAGGAGCUGCAUACUCACCAGGGAGAGAAUGAUUACUACGUUGGUAUUAGAGGUUCUGUUUAUGAUAUGACCAAGUUCUACAGACAGCAGCAUUCUGAUAAUGGCAUGAAGACCAAUCCCGACGACAUGAUGUACUUUGCUGGCCAGGAUCUCACCGACUACUUCCCUCCUCCUCUCACUGUCGCCUGUCAGGGACUUGUUGAGGACGAGGAUGUGUGGAUGAGGUAUAACAACACUGUUAACAUGAUUCCCCAGGCUAUUCAUUACUCUGGUUCGUGGAAGGUCCCUGCCGAGGGGCAGGCUCUGCAUCAAUACACCUGGUACAAUGACAAGUUUGGCCCUAAGAUCAAGCAGUAUUACAAGGGAGAUCUUGUGGUUGCCAAGAAGGAUGUGGAGAAGCAGGGUACACAACAGCAGCGAAUGUGGAUCAUGAUGGGUGAUCAGAUAUUUGAUUUUACAAACUACUUCUAUACCCUGACCAUCAACGACCCCUCUCUGUCUCCUCUGUACAAGAAGUAUGAUUUUUUGGCUCCCGAAGUCAAGGAUAUGAUUCAGAACAAUGCUGGAACCGACGUCAAAGACCUUUGGAAGGACUUGGAUCUUCCGGACGCUGAUAAAAUGACCCACAUGAGUUGUUUCAACAACGCUUUUUACCACGGAAAGCUGGAUUUCAGAGACUCCGCACGGUGUCAGGCUGCCAAUUACAUUCUUCUGGCCAUGGCUUGUCUUCUUUCGUCCGUCACUGUCAUCAAGUUCGUUUCUGCUGUUCGUUUUGGCUCAUCCAGACAGCCCUCCAUGCAGGAUAAGUUUGUGGUUUGCCAGGUUCCUGCCUACACUGAGGACGAAGAUGCCCUCCGUGCCGCCAUUGACUCUCUUACCUGCCUCAAGUAUGACAACCGACGAAAGCUGCUUUUUGUUAUUUGUGACGGUAUGAUUGUGGGUAAUGGUAACGACAAGACCACUCCUCAGAUUGUCCUUGACAUCUUUGGCGUCGAUCCCAAGGUUAAUCCACCUGCUCUUGCUUUUCACUCUGUCGGUGAGGGUUCUCAGCAGCUCAAUUAUGGAAAGGUGUAUUCUGGACUGUACGAGUUUGAGGGUAACAUUGCUCCGUAUGUUGUUGUUGUGAAGGUCGGCAAGGAAUCUGAGACUUCCAAGCCUGGUAACCGAGGUAAGCGAGACUCGCAGGUCAUGCUCAUGAAGUUCUUCAACAAGGUGCAUUACCAAGCCCCCAUGUCUCCUCUGGAGCUCGAAAUCUUCCGACACAUCAAUAACAUUAUUGGUGUCGACCCUGAGCUCUAUGAGUACAUUAUGAUGGUUGAUGCUGAUACAUCUGUUUCUGAAGACUCCCUGAACCGAAUGGUUUCAUGCUGUGCAGACGAUUCUCGAAUUGCCGGUAUCUGUGGCGAAACGUCUCUUCAAAACGAGCAAAAAUCGUGGACAACGAUGAUCCAGGUGUACGAAUAUUACAUUUCGCAUCAUCUGGCCAAGGCUUUUGAGUCUCUGUUUGGUUCUGUCACCUGUCUUCCUGGAUGUUUCUGUAUGUACAGACUUCGAACUGCCGAUCGAGGACGUCCUCUGAUUAUUUCCAACGAUGUGAUCAGAGAGUACGCCGAAAACAACGUCGACACGUUGCACAAGAAGAACUUGUUCUCUCUCGGAGAAGAUCGAUACCUGACCACCCUCAUGUCCAAGUACUUUCCUAAAAUGCGAUACAAGUUCACACCAGACGCCCAUGCCCAAACUGCUGCCCCCGAGUCCAUUGCCAUUCUUCUGUCUCAGCGACGACGAUGGAUCAACUCCACUGUUCACAAUCUGAUGGAGCUGCUUCGACUCAGCCAUCUAUGUGGUUUCUGUUUCUUUGGCAUGCGAUUUGUGGUGUUCAUCGAUCUGAUCGGUACUCUCAUGCUGCCCUCUGUGUGCAUCUACCUCGUCUAUCUCAUCUAUCUGUUGGCAUCUCAUACCGGAGCCAUUCCCAUCAUUUCUCUUGCCAUGAUUGGAGGAGUUUACGGUCUGCAGGCCCUGAUUUUCAUCAUCAACAGAAAGUGGGAGCAUGUUGGCUGGAUGAUUAUCUACGUGGCAGCCUACCCAAUCCACUCCUUCCUGCUGCCCAUCUACGCCUUCUGGAACAUGGAUAAUUUCUCUUGGGGUAAUACUCGAGUGGUUGUGGGUGAGAAGGGAGGCAAGCAGCUUGUUUCAGUUGCCGAUGCGGGCUUUGAUCCAGCUUCCGUGCCUCUCGAAACCUGGUCGGACUACGCUCACCGAGUUGGUGUUCCCGGAGCCGAGAGACGUAUUGUUCUCAACUCCAGAUACGGAAUGAAGCGGUCUGAAAUCUACCGAAACGACGACGAGUACGAAGAGUAUAUGGAUGAGUUUGGCUACGACAUGCAGACUUUUGCCGAUGAACAGGCCCGGUUCAACCACGAGCCAGAGAAGGCCUACCACUCUCGAACAACUUCUCUCAUGUCUGGUUUCGGAGGCGAUUUUGAUGAGGGCAGUGUUAUGCCUGCUCAGUCGACUCACACGGGCCGAAAGGCGCGUCCCAAGUCCGUCAUCAGUCACUACGCCAUGUACCCAUCUGUCGGUAACCGUGGAUCAUACUAUGAUCCCAUGGCCGACAAGCGAAAGACCAUGACUCGAUCCACCUCAACUCCUAUGUCUCUGAUGAGUGGCCGGUCGUCCGUCAUGCUUGGCCAUGAGCGGUCUCGAUCUUUGGGUGACGCUCUGGGUGCUGAUUUGGAUGACCACCAGAAAUUGACCAUUUCUAACGCCGUCAAGGAGACUCUGGCGGCUGCCAACUUGGACACCGUGACGCGACGGCAGCUGCGAGAGGCCGUGGAGGACCGAAUGGGAGUCACCUUCAGCGCCGAACGGGCUGGAUACGUGGACACCGUCAUUGAUGAGGAGCUUGAGCGAAUGGAGGAGUGA